UUGAGACGAGUAAACCGCCUAAAGCGAUAAAGAAGAGAACUUCUGAGAAUGUUGAUGAAGUUAAAGGUGAGGUUAAGACUAAGACUGCUCCUUCUGGUGCCUUGCGUUGUAAAGUUAAAGAUGAAAUGAGAAAUUCUGAGAAUGUCUCGCGCUCGCUGAAGAUAAAGACGAGAACUUCUGAGAAUGUUGAUGAAGUUAAAGGCGUGGUUAAGACUAAGACUGCUCCUUCUGGUGCCUUGCGUUGUAAAGUUAAAGAUGAAGUGAGAACUUCUGAGAAUGUCUCACGCUCGCUGAAGAUUAAGAUGAGAACUUCUGAGAAUUUUAAAGAUAAAUAUGAAGUUAAAGAUGAAGUUAAAAAGAGGAAGAUCAGAGAAGAGAUGUCAACCAUUGGUCACCGUAGCAACAUCCAAAAGAAAGAGGAAUUUGAUGAGAAGGAAGAACUCGGACAGGAUGGAAGUGUCAAACCAAACAGGAAAGUUACUGAAAGGCCAAAUGCUGAGAAAAGAAAGUGGUUUAAGAAAAUGCCUUGGGAAGGAAGACUACAGAAAGCUCAAGAGUCGGAUACCUUGGUUUUACUGACUAAUCUGGAUCCAACCUGCACGUCGAAUGAAGUUGAGGAUCUUGUUUGGCAUGCACUCAAAGAAAAGGUUGAGGCAAGGAUGAUAGAAUCAAGCCCAACUUCCAAUCCAUACUAUGGUACAGCAUUCGUUAUUUUCAGAACAAAAGAUGCAGCUGAAAAUGCAAUAUCUGAGUUGAACAGGAGAUGCCUUGUUCUUGAAGACGGAAGGGUUGUCAGUGCCAGAAAGGGAACUGUUAUAGAUCCAGUCAAGAAAAGCACAUUCAUUGGCCAUCUGUCCAUUAGUAGAGCUGCGCUUCACAAGCAAUGCCGAGAGAUGAGAAAUGCUGUAUCAACAUCACAUUGUUCACAACCCAAUACAAUUGAAUACGCGAUGGCUAUUGAAUGGACACAGAAUCAUGAUCAGUCUGAAGCAUGUUGGAAAGCCUUAUGUGAGAAACAAAUGAAGGAGAUAGAGAAUGUGCAGAGUAAACUCAGAUUAGACAAGAUAUUUUUAGAAGACUCGUAGUUAAAUCAUACUUGGUGAAAUGCAUAUAGCAAUUUACAAUAGUUAACUUUCUCCAAUUGCAAUCUAACAAAAUGCUAAGAAUUUUGGCAGAGAAGCCAUAUUUUGUGUUCAAUGUUGGUAUAUUUAUGACCAAAACAUUGUUAGUACAUUGUAGUAUUCUGAACAACUUGGUUGCAAAUAUCAGCAAUAUUUUGAUGGAAUGUAAAUGAUAUUAUCCUUCUGUAACAAUUGUGUCCUUAGU